CCGCGGGUCAGCAGGUUCCGGCAGGGGAGAGGAACGUCGUUGAUCUCCACCUCCGCCACCACCAGGUCAUCCUUCGCUUUCAUAGGAGGCUGGGGCUUCCCUACACCCACAACCUGGUGAUGACAAAGAUUCUUUAUGUGCCGCAUGCUAACAUUUACAACAAUAUCUCUAAAAAAGAGAGAGAUUAAGAGCGAGGGGAUUACAGAAUUUGGAGGCGAGAGAGGGACAGACAACGAAGACAGAGAGAAGCCAGAUUACAGAUUAUUUUCUUCAAUCAUGUGCGACGCUAGGGGACGCAGUGAGCAGGCCGCGUCUCACCGGAUGAUGCAGUCCUGUGACUGCCUGCUAUCAUCGUUUUCCUGCCAGCCCAGUGUUGAGUACACUGGUGGCCUAUCCAUCAUCAGAGGUUCUACUGAUGCCCACUCUGACUGUGGAGCCUUCAGGACGACAGGUGUACACUGAGGACACAGUCUCCUUGGCGUGUCAGUUACCUGGCCACUCUGGGCUGGGCUGGCAGUUCUACUGGCACAAAGACAGGCAGGACACUGGCCCUGUGGAGCAGAUGUGGGGCAGUGGUGGAGGUGGGGCGGUCUACCAACUGUGGCGUGCCUCUGUCACACACACAGGCCAGUACUGGUGCAGAGCAGGGAGAGGACAGCCAGUCUUCUACACCCAAUACAGCCAGGCAGUCUCUGUUAAUGUCAUUGAGCUCUUCACAUCAGUGACUUUGUCAGCAUCUCCUUCGACCGUGGUCAAAGAGGGCGGGGCUUUCAACCUCACCUGUGAGGCCCAGCUUAGCAACUGCAAACUGAGCCAACAUCAUGGUAACCACAGUCUACAUAGUCACCCUGAUCCUGACUGUAACUGGACCACAGUGGUUGUAACAUUCUCCUUCCUGAGGGACGGCUGGCCAGUGGCCAGGGACUCUGUCAGUGGGAUGUACAGCGUAGCGAGGGCUUCUAGCUGUCACAUGGGGACCUACAGCUGUGUGGCCAGAGCAGGCAGGGCCAGGAGGAGCAGUCAGGAGAUCAGCAUCACACUAGACAACCUGUCUCUGAUACUGGUCAACUGCUUUGGCACCUUCCUGAUCCUCUCCGUGUCUCCAUUGGCAUUUUUUGUGAGACUAUACGCGAUGAGACUGUGGCAGCUCAGAGGCAGAGGACAAGGAGAAUUGCAGUGCAAUGAGUGCAGUACAAUACAGGGACCAAAAUGAGAGGGAGGACCGGUGAGACGUGCUGUGAGAACUCAUGUAAUUCACAUGGCUGUAUUAGUGCACAGGUGUAGGAUCUUAAUUUGAUCACCCUGUUGCAUGUUUUUUACUCAAAAGUUUAAAACAGAUGUUUUAUUGUAAUCUUGCAGAUGUAUCUGGACCCAGCUGACUUGAGAAACUUUCUAUCAUUUAUUACAAAAUUGGAGAGUAGAAUAAUAAACAUAUAAUUAUUUGGAGAAUUUUGACCAAAGAAUGUUUUUGAUUUAUUUUCACCACAAUGUGGCACUCAAAUAAUACAUUGAUUCGACACUGCAACAUGCUUGUAUUGUCAAAUAGAGCCAACUCUUUUCUCAUAACAGGUUCCAUAUUUUUUAAAGAAAUAACUGCCCACCACCAGUUGAUUAAAAGUGAGUGUGAGUGAAUCUCAACAGUGUAAGGCAAGCUAUAAUAUGUUUGCCCUUAUGUUCCAUUUAUUGGUGAAUUGUUAGACCUAAAGGGUUGUAUGAUGAAUGAGCCAAGAUCUGAGAAUUGCAUUCUGUCUCCAUAUAAAUUCACAAAAAAAGAAAUGUCCCUUUUUCAGGACCCUGUCUUUCAAAGAUAAUUCUUAAAAAUCCAAAUAA